UGUAUACACUGUUCACUAGUUUAAUCCAUAGACGUCAGAGAAUCGUGAUGUCUUUUGUAUGUUACACCUUAAUCUGCAGAAUAUCCAGUAAAUAAAGCUGUAGAAUAAAUGUAAUGAGAAAAAGUACUGUAGCCCCCCCGAGUCGCAGUGGAGUAGAAGUGGCCUAAAACACAGCGGUGGAGUAAACGUACUUAGUUAUAACAAGGGUCCAACUCGGGGUUCCGGUGUGUGAAGUGUGAACCCAGUCGACUUCCAGAUUUUUCUAUCAGGUGGCUGAAUGUACCUGAGGGUUCGUACGGUGCCGCUGAUCGGGCCUGGGCACCAAACUCCAGUCUGUGUUUUAUCUUUAUUUUUAUUUUUUUAAGUUUUACAACAACCCACCUGCCUCCCGACAUCAGGGGAAGUUGAACUGCAGACAGGCCGAAAAAACAAAACUCUGAAUUGGGAUCAAGUCGCGUUCCAACGAUCAAACACUCCGCGCCGGGAUGAAGUGGAGCUCUCCAGGAGCCUUGCACGUCUGUGUGUUUGUGCAGGCGACAAAGAAAACACGGCGGUGUAGCUUCCUCAUAGAGAAGAGGGAAGGAGUGCAAAUUCAUCGUUAGUGUGCACAUUUCAUCGUUAGGCUAUUUCUUUGGAAAUCGCACCUUUUACGUGCAAGAGUAGUUUUUCAAAGAAGAUAAAGAACAGAAAACACACAUUUCUUAGUUUUUAUGCGACUGUUCGGAGCAGUCGACCGAAGAACCGAUAAAUAACCACGUUACACACUCAGUUCUAAUAAUGGCAUCGUUACAAGGAAGAGGCUGGUGGAAGGCCUGUGUAUAUAUGUGUGUUAUCCAACGGGCAACCGGACAAGAUGGGUGACGGGGAACAGCUGAUGUCGAGCUCUCCUUUGCCUUGAGAGCCGAAAGCCGGAAACUCUGGCUCAACAUCUGUUGAUCACGUGGGGAAAAGUCCACACCAAGCGUUGCUCUUCUUCCUCUGUGGAAACCCAGGCCGUCCGCGCGCAAACACGCCCGACACCGAUGAGGGCGACCGGGCAGCGUUGUUUUCUCCCGCCGCCGCACCACCUGCUCACACCUGCUGGCGUCCCGACGUGCCGCGCACGAAUGGAGCUUUUAUUGGUCAUUUUAAAGAGUGUCAUGGGACUUGCCAGCAGAGCCAAAGAGAGUCCCGAGCUGCCAAAGGAGACGGAGAAGGCGAAGACGCUGAAGCAGUUUCCUCCCUAUGGCUCCAUGAAUGGAAACUCGACGGGCGACACCUGCCCCACAUGUCGUGGGACCGGGCGAAUUCCCAGAGGCCAGGAAGACCAGCUGGUGGCUGUAAUACCAUGCAACGAUGUUAGGCUGAAACCCCGACGCACGAAGAUGUACGUGUUCGUCUCCAUGGCCGUGUGUCUCCUCCUCUGCUGCCUGAUCCUCUUCUUCCUCUUCCCCCGGAGCGUCACGCUGACGCCGGUGUCCGUGCUGUCAGUCACGGUCUACUUCAGCCCAGAUGCGGUGGACAUGCAGGUCUCGAAUCUCAUCAACAUCACCAACGAGAACUUUGUCCCCGUUCAGAUCGUCGACUUUAACGUGCAGAGUCUGGUCACCAACAUAGUUGUGGGUAAUACCAAGAUAUCCAAUCUGACCGCCAUCCAGUCCCGAUCGCAGCAGUCGUACACCAUUCAAGUUAACCUGCCUAUUGUGGAUAAAGGCUUAAACAGUUACUGCAAGUCCAGCACGAUCAAGAUUCACACGUUAUUUCUGGAGUUGCAAAUGACAAUGAAUAUUUCCUACCUCUCCCACACGGAGCAGCUGUCUCUGAACAGCUUUGAGUACAUCGACUGUGGCACCAACUCAACGAUCCCACAUCCUGUGAGCGGAUGACGUCAGAAUGAAAAACACCAAAGUGUCGGGUGUGAAAUGGUGAAUAUUCUCCCUGCAAUCGUACCGUUAUCUCCUUUGUUUGGGAUGUGAAUGUGUGAAUGAUAUCUUAUCUUAUUCUGUAUGUUGUUUUAGCAUACCUUAAGACUUUAAUCAAUCACUACAAAGUCGUAAAUUAAAACUGUAGAUGCUUCUUAUGAAUUAGAAUGAAUGUUGUUUUGUUUUUUUGUUUUUUUUAGCUCCAGUUCGUUUGAGAGCUGCUUGUAAAUCUAUAUUAUGGGCAAAGCUGUCUCAUAAAAUUGUGUGAAACAAGCACAAUUCUGAAAUGCAAGCUGUGAAAGUUGUGUAUUUUCAUUUUAAGUCAUUUUGUUCAAAUUUUAGCAGAUUUCACAGCAUUUUUGGAAACAGUUAAAUUGUUUGGCAGGAUUCCACACAUUGUGUAAAGAGGAUGUUGAUCUCCGAUGAUCUUGUCUGUCGUCGUUUGCACUUUAUUAAACAGUGGCAUUUAAAG